AUGCAUUUCUUUAUGUCAGAUGUCUACUUCGUCUGCUAUGCAGAUAUAGACAGGCCACCACUCAACCUGAUAGAGACUGGAGGAGGCCUGAAGGUACAGACGACCACACCUCACUUGGUUGGCCUGGGCAGUGGCCGGCUCAGUGUUGCCAUCACACUUAUGCCCCUAAAUGAAGGUGUGACCCGAAUUGGCCGAGAGGAUGCGUCCGUACCUCAAGACAUCACUAUUGAGGGCCUGGGAUUCACACUCUGUCUGGGUAAAUCCUACUUCUUCCGCUUUAACCACCCUGAGGAGGCCAGACGUAUGAAGAGCAUGCAGCCCCAGAAGAGUCCUGUCGCCACUAUGGGCUACAGCUCAGACUGUGUAAAGACUGAGCACAGCAAUGGCGGCUCAGUGGGUGGCACCAUGAUGAGAGGCUCCCGAUCGAAGGCGGAGCUGCAGGACCUGAUGGAGACUCUGCAACGCCGGAAGAGUGCUCUAGAGGCUAGCCUGAGGGCCAGCGCAGAGUCUACCCGUACCUACCUCAGCCUGCCCCCUCCCAGCCCCCUGUCCCCCACGCCCCCCAGGAGUGCCGAGCGCCCCCCCUCCUCCAGAGGCCUCCACUACAUGACCAGUAGUAGCAUGCCCCCCUCCCCUCGCCAGGGUGAGCGUCCUCUCAGCCCCAAACUGCCAUACACCCGCUCACGCCACCAAUCACAGGACAGCCUGCUCCUCUCUAGCUCCUCUGACAGUCAUCGCCCAAAUGUAGCCAGUUCUCUCCUGUCCAUGUGGAAUGGUUCCUCUUCCUAUGGGGAGCCUGCACCCAGUCCUCCUCAGGGCCACAGUGGGGCGGCCAGCAUGCCCUCCAGCCCUUGUCUAGGCCGCAGGUUCUAUGCCCAGGGCCGGAACGGGGACAAUGGUAUGGACCCUGCACCACGUCAGAGGAAGUACUCUACAGGGUCACUCAACGGCCUGGGCUCUACCCACAGCCGCUCUCUACCCCGCCUCCACCGGUCGGCAGACUCCGCAGCCCUGUCCCUGCCCCCACGCCGCUCCAUGGGCUCCCACAGAGGGGAGAAGGGUUCUGUGUCCCUGUCCUCCAAAACGAGGCGCAGCCUGUCUCCUCUAGAGCGGCCGCCAGACGUAACAGUGCUAGCAACGGCCAGCGUACCGGGUACUCCCCGCAGGGCCAGCCUGGCCUCUCUAGCCUCUCUGGGCUGUGAACUGGAGCAUGGUGGCCUGCGGGGCUCCUCACCCUGCCUGGACCUGGGCCUGGGGGAGAGGAGGCAGUCCUUUGGGAAGGGUGGGCUGGGGCUGAGAUCAAGAAGAGGCAGCAUCAGCUCUCUGAAUGGGAAGGAGAAGCUUACAGACUACCACAAGCACCAGAGAGACGAGAGGCUCAGAGAACAGGAGGUGCAGAGACUGGAGCACCAGCGGCUGGAGACCAUCCUGAGCCUGUGUACUGAGCUGGGCCGGGAACAGGGCGGCUCGGCCGUCUCCGACCUGCAGAAGAUCAACAAGGAGCUGGAGAAGCUGCAGGAGUCUGAUGAUGAGUCAGUGUUCUCCGACUCCCCCGGCAGUGGCACCGCUCCGGAAAACGGCUUUGGCACCAAAGCCCGGGAGUACCAGCUGGCUGAGGAGCGGCGGGUCCGCCAGCGCCGCCACAGCGGGCACAGAGAGGCCAGGGAUGCCAGGGCCCAGUCACCUGCUGUCAGCCUGCGCAGCAUUGUCCCCUCACCCUCGCCUCACCACAGAGCCAGGCAGCAGGCUACGGAGGAUGUGCAUCUGAAACAGGAAGUGACGCGUAUCGAGGAAGAGAGGAUCCAGGUGCUGAACAACAUAGAAGAGUUGGGGCAGAAGAUCAAAGACCUGGACAACCAGAUGGAGGAAUCCAUCAGAGAGAUGGAGGUGGAGCGGGCUCUGCUGGAGGGGGAGCAGGACUCUGAGAUGGCCCUGUUACAUAGGGAGAAGGAGGUACUGGACCAACUCAAUGAGAAGAUUAGCAGUAUUGACAAGACUGUCCUCACAGACAAGUCCCAGGAUGUUGAGGUGCUGGAGGCGGAGAGGAAGCGUUUUGAGGACCUGGAGUUCCAGCAGCUGGAAAGAGAGAGUGGUCAGGACGAGGGGAAGGAGGGUCAGACCCAGCAACUACUCCGAGAGAUAGCAGAUUACCAGCGUAGUACUGUCACACGCAAGGAGAGACUCCUGACCCUGAAGAAGCAGUCUACACAGAUUACUCAGCAGUCUCAGCGAGAGAAGGACAGCUUCCUGAAAGAGAAGAACAACCUGCUCCUGAUGGUUCAGAGGGAGAGGGAGAACCUGGCUUCUCUGGAGAGGAAGUAUGCUGAACUGACUGGAGGGCAGACCUUCCCUAACAACCCUGUUGCCAUGAAGGAGCACUUUCGCUUUCUAGAGGAGAGGAGGCGGGGCAGUAAGGAGAACUCCUCCCACCUCAGUGACACUCUGCCCCGUAAGAGGAGCCAGCAGGCCCUCAGUCACUACAGCAGCUCUACCCUGGGCCGUAGCCUCUCCCCUAAGUCCCACCUGCCCCUGUCCCAGAGCUCCAGCUGUGGUAGUAUCAUCCCCCGGGGCUUCUCUAUCUCUCCCAGAGUUCUGGAAACUCGACGCCUGCUCAAGGCAGGCCAUAGCCACCUGUACAUGAGUGAGAACAGACAGAGACUGGUUGACCUGUGUAGCAGGACCGUGUCUGAGUCCAAUGUCUUCCUGGACCCCUUCCACUACGCAGACAAUGGCCAUGGCUUUGACACGCUCAGUAUGGACAGCUCUGACAGCAUGGAGACCAGCAUCUCUGCCUGCUCCCCAGACAACAUCUCCAGUGCCAGCAGAUCCAACGUAGGAAAGAUUAAGGAGAUGGAACGUUUGUUACGAGAAGCCCAGGCUGACAAGCAUCGACUCCUUGAGCACAAGGAGCGUGAGAUGGAGGUGCGUAGGCAGGCCCUGGAGGAGGAGCGGAGGAGGAGGGAGGACCUGGAGAAGAGACUGCAGGAGGAGACCAGCAGGAGGCAGAAAAUGAUCGAGAGGGAGGUGAAGUUACGCGAGAAACAGAGGGCACAGGCCCGGCCGCUGACACGCUACCUCCCUCAGAGGAAGGAUGACUUUGACCUCCAUGGUCACAUCGAGGCAGCUGGACACAACCCAGACAACUGCUACCACCUGGCCAUCACAAAUAAAACCUGCAGAGGGUUCCUGGUCAAGAUGGGUGGUAAGAUCAAGACCUGGAAAAAACGCUGGUUUGUCUUUGACCGGAACCGCAAGACCCUGGCCUACUACGCAGACAAACAUGAGGUCAAGAUGAAAGGGGUCAUAUACUUCCAAGCUAUAGAAGAGGUUUACUAUGACCAUUUAAAGAAUGCACACAAGAGCCCUAACCCAUGUCUGACGUUUAGUGUGAAGACCCAUGACAGGGUGUACUACAUGGUGUCUCCCUCCCCUGAGGCUAUGCGCAUCUGGAUGGACGUCAUCGUUACAGGGGCGGAGGGAUACAUGCAAUUCAUGGUCUAAACCAGUGGCGGCUGGUGAUUGGCUGAAUGCCCGGGGCGCGAGGUGGUUGGAAUUGUCAACAAAGCAGCAUAACAUAUGAUGCCAAGUUUUCGAGCUACUGGUAGUUUCUUUGAGAAGAUAUAUAAAGCGAUCUGUGCAUUUGAACAACAGCAUAAAUGACCACUGCUGCACAUGCUGCCACUGUUUUGAACAGAUUAGAUUAUACUAUUUAGAAUGAGAAGCAGGUCAUGAACAAACGGGAACGUAACAAGCAUGCAGAUGCAGUAAGUGAAAACACAUUAUCUAACUGGUGUAAUAUAGCUAAUAUACUGUCACAAAGCAUGAUGCGCUAGCCAGUUCAUUCUGAAUAUUUUCCAUAUUUCCGAGUUAGAUAUUAGUUUAGAAAGACUUGAAAUUGGCAUGGGAGCUAACUACCUAGCAAGUUACCAGAUAGCUAUAACUAGCUAGCUGCUUGUCAAAGGUAGAUAACUGGUUAAUUUUACAAAACAAUCUACUAAACUAUUUCUCAAUGUUUAUAAAAAUGACUAUCUGGCUUAAUUAAUUUGAUCAUGCUGUUUCAGUCCACACUACAUGUCGCCCUGUCACCUACAAGAGAACCAAAUGAACAACAUGGGGGGAAACAAUACAAUUGGCCAGCCACCGUCAUGCUUUUUUGUCCUACCAGAUCCCCAAUGAGAAAGUUCUAGCUAGUGUAUCCCUCUGUCUUUCGACACUUGUUGGAUGUAGAUGUCAGGUCCCAGGCUCCAAUGACCGUUAUGGCUAUUUAUUUACAAGUUAAUUACAAUUAGAUUGUUGCUUUAGCGCCAUCUGUACUUGAUAGAGCACACAUCUGUACCUGAUCUGGCGCGAGAGCCUCAUUGGGAGGGAGUCUAGAACAGACCCAGAAGUUCUGAUAGAGCAUGCAUUUGAGCGCCCCAGGACAGUCCAUUAACUUUGUACUGUUAUAAUUUAUGCUAAGAAAUCCUGCGAUUUCAUUGGGGCAGUUCCCCCUCAUAGCAAAUAAUUGGCAAGACAAUAUAAGCAAUGUUUGCAUGGCAUAUGCACCCGCGAGGGACAGAGUAGUAAGUAACUGAACAGCUGUUGUUUGUUUUUUUUAAAUAGGAACAUGUACACAUUUACUGCACUUUUAUGAGCAUUUAAAACAUAAUUCAUGAAUUAUAUAAUAUAUACUGUAUUUUUAUAUGAGUAUUUUUUAUACAAAUAUUUUUUGUUGACCAAUCACAAUUGGGGCACCGCCCCUAACGCCCUAAUGGGCGGGCCGCUACUGGUCUAAACAAUCCCCCAUCCUGACCCCAGACUCUCAGAUGACUAACAAACAGGGAAUAUACUCUCCUCCAGUCCCAUCGGUGCCUAAAAGACAAAACAAGUUGACUGGUCAGGUUUGAGAACCUCUGUGACCUCAGCACAAUACCCUUCUGGUUUUUAGCUUUGUAACCACUUUUAUUUCUGUCUUACUUCAGUGAGCCCAGCUCUCUCCUCCUCUUCCGGAUUCAGCUGAUGUAAUGGUAAUCUGAUACUUCGCAGUCUAGCAGGGAAGGACUUCCUAUGGAGGUUUGGGUGCCCAGUGCCGCUUGUUCAUUCGGAAGGACUUACUCAGAAGAUUCUGAUACUUAUCGCUUUACGUUUGGAGAGGAGCCUUUUGGCACCUUAACAUGGUUUACCCUCAUAAUAUUUCAGGACUGUUAAUGACCCAGAGUCUAUGUCUGAGGUGUAUUAUGUAGUCUGAUAGGCUCACAGUGUACUAGAGAUUACUGCCCAUUCAGGACAAGAUACUUCUCUUCCAUUGUGGCAUAGUGAGAUUACACAUCGAAUCGAAACCUUUAAAGUAGAAUAUAUUAUUCAUAUUAUUUAUGAGUAGAAUCAUAGGAUUGAGACUGCCAUUGGAUAUAAUAUUAUAAUAUAUGCCAUUUCACAGACGCUUUAAUCCAAAGCGAUUUACUGUCAUGCAUGAAUGUAUUUCACGUACGGGUAGUCCCGGGAAUCAAACCCACUACCCUGGCGUUGCAAGGCCCAUGCACUCCCAAUUGAGCUACAAUUGAGCUAACGCCUCUACUUCUCUGGGUUGAGAAGAGGACCAGGGCCUGGUUUCCCAAAAGCAUCUUAAGGCUCAAUGGUUCUAAAGAUGAAUUUAGCCUUAAGAUGCUUUUGGGAAACCGGGCCCAGAUUGAUUAAAGGAACACAAGCUGUCCCAUCCUUUUCAUCAUCCAAAUUGACCUGGCUGUUGAUUGGUCAACCAAAGCUCUCCCUCUGUUUUCCUUCCAGCUGGACAGUCUCUUUUUUCCCUCAAACACUCCCUCUCUCUCUGGGGCCAAACCCUCCAGAGACUGUCUAGCAUCUGCACAGACUGAGAGGACAAUAUGUCCCUCCAGUGGAAAACCCAAGGUGAUGCACAUCACCGAUGUGUGUCCUUUGUACCCUACUGUUGCUCAGGAACGUGGAGAUAACAGGGAAACCCUGAAACACCAGGGACUUGAAGGGUUUGAAAGUACCUCUCUCAGCACUACGUACCAAAGACAUACCAUGUCUGUAUUUAAUAUGGAAAUCAUGGAAAUGGAACCUUAAGGCUCCACAAAGGGCUACUUACCGGGUGUGGAAGGCAUUGACACUGUGUGUGUGUGUGCGUGCGUGCGCCAUACAGCUAAAAUAAGUUAGCAAAAACAUUCCAGGGCACUUCCAGUACUAGUUCAAAUGAAAUGUUUUAAUGGAGCAUGGCAUUGUAUAUUGUGCCUUUAUGUGAGUUGUGUUUUAUGACAUGUAGUGUAAUAUCAUGCUGCCAGUGGGCUGGGUGCAGCUCCCUACCCGAUUAAUGGGCUCAUUCAUUUCUGAAAGUUUGAGAAGCGUUGCGUCGUGCCUAAGAACAGCCCUUAGCCGUGGUAUAUUGGCCAUAUAUCACAAACCCAGAGGAGCUUAUUGCUAUUAUAAACUGGUUACAAACGUAAUUAGAGCAGAAAAACUAAACGUUUUGUCAUACCCGUGGUAUACGGUCUGAUAUACCAUGGCUUUCAGCCAAUCAGAAUUCAGGGCUCAAACCACCCAGUUUAUAAUUUGAGUUAAUACACAGUCGCUAUAAACCUGUGCAGUACUUGGAUAUACUUACUACUUUUAAAAUUACUUUUUGGGUCACAAAUAAUGGCACAUUAAUUUAUAUUAGUUUAAUUUUCUUUUUGUUGUUUAACAAAUAUAUUAAUAUUUGUCAGUAGUAUGUGCAUGUUGAACAAACAAAUCAGCUAUUUGUGUGAAACCAAAGAGCAAUGCAAUCUGCAGUAUUCUAGGGAGAUAUAUGAAGUCAUGGAAAAAAGAAAAUGCGAUUCUACUUAUUUGACCCAGGUAUCUUAGCUGAUAUAUUUGUAAUUAUGACUGUGAUAAAAAAAAGCUAUGAUAAUUGUAAGAUGUAAUGAUACUGAAAUGGCUCCCUCAUUCACCAUGAACUCACAGGUAGAAUGUAGUAGCAAGGUCGCUGACUGUCAAUGAGGUGACUGCGGGAGUGCACACGAGACCAAAGGGACUUCUCUGACAGUGUUGCGGAGGUGACAGCAGGUUAGCUCACAGGGAAUCUUUCACAGUGUUAUGAAGAGGUGACUGACAAGCUCUCUGUGACCAGUUGUCUUUUAAAGGAGGAUCCCCUAUGUGCUUAGUCUGUGUGACUACACAAUACGGGCACACUUUUCAGGUAUUAUCCAUGUAUAAGUUACCAAGGAAAAAAUUCAACAUAUCUGCAACACUUUUUUGAUGCAUUUAAAAUAUAUGUUUUGUAUUUUUAUAUGAAGAGUGUUAUUGUUAAUCCUGCAUGUUUUUUAAACAAAUGUAAGAAUAAAUCAUAUACGUUUACUAA